AUGAAUACUUGUGACGAAUUACGCUUCGAGAAAAUAUUUCAAACCAUGUUAAAAGCAAUGAGGUUAAACAAAACUCAUCCAAACAUACCACGAGACAAGAAAUGGUUCUUAAAAUUCAUUAUUAUGUAUGGAAUAUUCAUGCUUGGUAUCAGUUUCGCUGCUUAUAGUACAUUUUUCCACGAUUUGAAGGAUGGAAACUUCAGUCAGGCUUGUUAUCAUGGAGUCUUAAUUGUAAUAUUUACUGUCGUCUCCUUAUAUCACAUUGUCAUGGGGUGGCAUCGAUUUCGGUUUCAAGAUUUAAUAAAUCAAAUGAAAGAAGACUACGAUGUGGCCAAACACUUUGCAGUUGAAGACUACAAUGUCGUAUUAGAUUAUGCUAAAAGAGGUAAAAUGAUUAUGUACACUUGGUUGGCUUUGGCGUUAUCUUGUGUUAUAAUACAUCAGCUAAGUGCGAUUUUACCAAUGGUACACAAUGCAGCAAUGACGGGAGAGUUUCAAUGUGUUCAUCUGUAUAAUAUAACCUAUCCUGGAAAUUUGGAGAUUUGGAAAAAUGAAACUUCGGUGUGUUUAUCACUGUUUGCGCUAUUUACUUAUGGUUAUAUAUAUGCAGUUAUAAUGUAUAUAGCUGGUCCGGCGUUGGGUCCAAUAUUAAUGCUACACGGAUGUGGUCAACUCGAGCUAGUGAGACGAAGAAUUGCGGAGACCUAUUCUAAAAGAAAAAAGGGUUUUGAGGUUCAUAAUCUCAAAUUGGCUGCUAAACAUCUCUCCAUGACAUAUAAUUUUAUGAAAAAAACAAAUGAGAGCCUGCAAAUGUUUCACGAAAUCAUUUUUAAGGCUGUGAUCGUUAUUUUGCCGAUUCUUUUUUAUCAACUUAAGGAGGGUAAUACUAAUCGAGAAAUGAACAUUGAAAUUAUAGGAUUCGUAUUUGGAGCCACAUUGUUAUGUGGCCUUCCUUGUUACUACGGCGAUCUGCUUAUGGAAAAGACCAAUGAUAUAAAAAUGGCUCUAUAUUCAUGUGGUUGGGAGCAUCACGUAGAAAGAGAACCACGAACGUUAAUCUUAUUAUUGAUGAUCCGCGUGGACCGGCCAGUUGGCCUAAGCACUAUGUUUCUUGAUAUCUGCCUCGAACAAUUAACUGACAUUUAUCGACAAGCCUAUGCUCUCUUUAAUCUUUUAAUUGCUGUUUUGGACUAG